GUACUGUCUGCUCCGGCCCACCGACUCUCCAACAGCGCUGCAGCACAGCAACAUGGAAUCGCCAGUCCAUCAGAUAUACAUGAUAACGGGAGCCAACAGCGGGCUCGGCUAUGCGCUGACCAAGCGGCUCGUAGCAGAGGUCUAUAUUGCUAAGCGACAACCAAUGACGGUGGUGAUGGCUUGUCGCAAUGAAGCAAAAGCCAAGGCAGCCCAAAGCCAGCUAAUUCAGGACUUGUUCGACGACGAAGACGAGGGGAGGCAGGUGCUUCAAAUCUUGCUGGUUGACCUCUCGAAGCCGACAAGUGUAAUUCAAGCCUGUGCCGAUUUCAUGAAGAGAUUCCAGAGGCUUGAUAUACUUUACCUGAAUGCCGCCAUCCUCAACAUAACUGGUGUCAAUAUUUCCAACUUUUUCUAUAACAUUCUCACUCGGCCCAGCUACGUCGCAAAGACAGGGGGCGACGCCAUCGACCAGCCAAGGGGCCUGGUGACAGAGGACGGUCUCGGAUUGUGCUUCGCAGCAAACACUUUCGGACACUAUAUUAUGAUCAAGGAACUCGAGCCAGUGCUGAAGGCUGCACAACCCAGUAAAGUUAUCUAUCUGACCUCAACUUCGGCCGUGCCUGACUACCUCUCUCUGGACGAUUACCAAGGCAUAGAGAGUGCCAAUCCAUAUGAGAGCUCGAAACGUCUUGGCUGUGUGGUUAUGUUGCAGCUAGCCGAGCUGCUAAAGUCGUCGGGAAUUUAUGUGUGCAUGGCGAGUCCUGGAAACAUUGCCUCCAGUAUUAUCGAAAACCCAAUUAUCUAUGCUUGUCAAAUUGGAGCGCUGACUAUGAUGCGCCUUGCGUUUGCCUCCGGAUGCAAUUUUACCUGUGAAAACGGAUGCACCUCGCUUAUGUAUCUGCGCGACAUCGAUCCAUACACCAUCGAUUCAAAGGUCAUAUAUCAUAGCGAUAUAUGGCCUUGGGGCAAUCCUUUUGUGAAGCACCUACAAUUUGAAUCUCCUGAUAUGAAGCUGGCUGAAGCCGCCGAGAGUCUGCUCCACGACCUCUGGUCCCAGUAUCGAGUCAUCUGAUCGGGCCUUGGUCCCGCAGCGACAAUACACGGUAUUCAGGGGGGAAUGGGGCACCUGCCCACAACCCAUUUGACAGCGUAGUAUGUGAUGUGCAUGCGUCUAACUAUGCCAUAUGAUAUAAAGCAGAUCACUUUGGCAGCCUCCGAGUGAAGACCGCCGGUCGCUCUCCGAUCUCCACAAUCGACC